CUUAAUAUUUUAGAUUUGUGAAAGCUGCCCUUUCUUGGGGUCAUGAUGGGCAGCAAGAUGGUAUCUGCUAGCAGGGUAGUGCAGGUAGUCAAGCCACAUACUCCAUUAAUAAGGUUCCCUAACAGAAGAGAUAAUCCUAAACCUAAUGUAUCAGAAGUUUUGAGAUCAGCAGGACUACCAUCUCACUCUUCUUUAAUUUCUCAGCAUUCUAAGGGAAGUAAAUCAUCAGAUUGGCUGAUACAUCAGGGUCCACCAGACACUGCAGAAAUAAUAAAAAUAUUACCUCAGAAAUAUAAAAGGAAACUUGUGUCUCAAGAAGAAGUUGAAUAUAUACAAAGUGGAGGUCCUGAAUAAUCACUGACACUGUGGCUGCUGUUUGUUCUCAAGCAAAAGAAUUGUCUUUACAAUAAAGGACUUCCAAAAUGACUAAUGAGAAAUUAUACAUUAAACAACUUAAAUAAAUAUUCUGUAAAAAAAAGAAA